GACACUCUCGGGAUCACUGUGGGCUUACAUCAUUUGCACCGAUGUUCGCGGCUGCAAAUAUAGCCAAUCUUCAAAUAUAUUGACGCAUGCACGGCAGAUGGCUAACCACGGCUAACGUCAGAGACUGUCGUAAACAUGGCGGAUGGCGACUUGCUCGUUACUAUUUCGGGUGCGGCGCUUUCGUUGCUGUUCUACGAAAAUGUACGCAGUGUCGGCGAGCAGAUGGGCUUCCUCCUUGGUGAAGCGCUCGAAUUCAUCAUUAAGACCUAUACCGACUCCGACAAUCAAGUGGAGACCAUCAAGAUUCACAUUAAUGUGGAAACCAUUGUGACAUGUCCUCUGAGUGAUCUUUUGUACGACUCUAGUGGUCGGAUCAACAAAGAGAAAUUGAAGGAUUUUGUGCGUGAUAAGAGCAAGCAGGUGAUUGGUUGGUUCCAUUUCCGCAGAAACACUAGUAGCUUGAUUCCAACAAUGAGGGACAAGAUAUUGCAUAAGCAGUUUGCCUCGCAUUUCUCCAGUAUAAAUAGUUGUAGGGAAGAUUUCUUCCUUACUUGCCUCCUCAACGCGUCUAUCUCCGAAACACGUGGCACCCACAAGUUCCGACAUGUGUUCUUAAGGCAUAAACGAGGGAUGUUUGAGCCGAUUCCUUUGAGAAUAAAUAAUUUAGGUGAUGAUGCAUCUAGACACGAUGGCUCAGAUUAUAAGCCAACACCUGUUAAGAAAUCUGCACGCUUACCUGAUGGGUUCACCGAACUGAUAGAAUCUUUAAAGUUGGAUAUGACAAAGAAAAGUGGAUUAGAUUCCGCUAUGAUGAUCCAGAAAGCUGCCGAACGGCAUUUAAUGUCACUGAUUCCUAAAGUAUGCGAGUCCGAUCUAGAAGUAGCUGAAUUGGAGAGGCAAGUGCGCGAACUGAAAGAUAAGAUCGCAGCGCAGCGAUUGAUCAGGAAAAUGAAAAUGAAUGGUGAGAGUUACGAGAGAACUUCUAAAGCAAAUAGGGAGAAUUGUUUUUCAGAGAAAAUCGAUUCUUCGACAAAAGACGAGAUGAAAAUCAGCGAUGACAUGCGUCUCCAAAAGGAACAAAUCCCAUCUUGUGCUCAGCCAGUUACUUCUAAUAAUUGGAUACAGUCCCGCAAUACCGCCGCUUGUAUCGCUAAAAGCGUUAUAAAUCAGGAAAAAAUACGUCGCUCGGGACGUAGCAAUCUACAGGAAGAUAGCAAUCAACAACAAGAUGUUACGCAAAACUCCCCCUGUACUAACAGUAGACGUCCCGUUCCGGAAAUUGUCACUGAGUCAAUCUGCCAAGAUAAUGAGACAAGCAUGAGUAGAGGUAGAGGUCGAGCUCGAGGUAAUCCUCCUGAUUUCAUGCCAGGAAUGAAGAAAGUACGUCGUAAUCCAAACACAUCCCAGAUGCAUUCUCGAGAAAGAAGCAUUACUCCGGAACAAGAUUUCUCUGAUGCCGAAUGUUCUGCUGCUGUAUCCCUUAGCUCCCCCGUUCUCAGGUCUUGCCAGGUAAAAAAGACAGAUCUGGACAAAUGCAACACAAGGAAGUCAUUGGACAUUUAAGUGGAGAAACCAAAGCCUGGAAAAAUUAUGCUUUCAGGUUCUCUCAAAUUUUUUUUCUGAAAUUUCAAAUGUUCAAAAAUUCGAAGAUUUGAAAGAAUCUGAAAAAAAUAUAAAGAACAAAGAUAUUCUAGUAUUAUAAAAAGUGCAGAAUCGAAGGAAAUUAAAAAAAAUCUAAAAAUAUCUUAGAAGAUAAAAAGUUAAAGAAUUUAAAAGAAUUAAAAAAAUUUAAAGAAAAUUGUGUUUGAUUUCUUGAGAGAAGAAUAUGUUUACUUGAGGAUUUUUGUAUCGAUUAUUCUAUUUAUAGGUGCCUUAAAUUUUGCGAAAAAAUUCGAAAAUAAUUAAAGGUUCGACAAAAAAUUAAUAAUCCAUUUUGUUUCUUAUUUCAUAUUCGUCAUUUGGUUUAUAUCGUUUAUUGUGCCAUUAAAUAUCUAUAUGAAGUUAAAUAUGUUUUAUAAAAUAUGUAAGCUUUUAAUUAAUAUGCACUGAUUAUUACAAUAAAUAUAUUUUGUAAAUAAAGGGCGCAAAAUGAUUGUUCAUUUUGUGCUGUAUAAAUAAAACAAUUGAUAA